AUGGAUGAUGAUGAUGAUGAUGAUGAGCCUCUUGAUUUCGAGACCAAAGAUGAGAGAGACCCCGCACUGGCCCUUCAGAACAGCGAUGACACCCUCUACUGCGAGGCUGAAGCCACUUCAAAUGUUGAGAAAGAGAAACCCACCAGAGAGGACUCAGAAACUGACCUGGAAAUUGAAGACACAGAGAAAUUCUUCGCCAUCGGACAGAAGGAACUGUACCUGGAGGCCUGCAAACUGGUGGGCGUAGUGCCUGCCUCCUACUUCAUCCGGAACAUGGAAGAAUCCUGCAUGAACCUAAACCACCACGGGCUGGGCCCCAGGGGUACCAAGGCCAUUGCUAUUACUCUGGUGUCCAACACGACAAUCCUCAAACUGGAACUGGAGGACAACUGCAUCAUGAACGAGGGCAUCUUGAGUCUGAUGGAGAUGCUGCAUGAGAAUUACUACCUGCAAGAGCUGAAUGUGUCUAACAAUGACCUUGGUUUGGAGGGAGCUAAGAUCAUCUCAGACUUCCUCCAGGAAAAUAACUCUGCACUCUGGAAACUGAAACUUUCAGGAAACAACUUCAAGGAUGAGUCUGCUGCUCUCUUAUGCCAAGCCCUGUCGUCCAAUUACCGGAUUAGGUCACUGAACCUCAGUCACAACAAGUUCUCUGAUACUGGAGGGGAGUACCUAGGACAGAUGCUGGCCCUCAAUGUAGGGCUCCAGUCACUGGACCUGAGCUGGAAUCAAUUCCACACUCGGGGAUCUGUGGCCCUGUGCAAUGGUCUCCGGACUAACGUGACCCUGAAGAAACUGAACGUCUCCAUGAAUGGCUUUGGGAAUGAAGGUGCUCUGGCCCUGGGGGAUGUCCUCAGACUCAACAGCUGUCUGGUCCACAUAGAUCUCAAUGGCAACAGUAUCAGCAAUGAAGGGGCCUCCCGAAUCAGCAAGGGACUGGAGAACAAUGAGACCCUCCAAGUGCUAAAGCUUUUCCUGAACCCUAUAAAUAUGGAAGGCGCAGUUUUUCUUAUCACGGCCAUCAAGAAGAACCCCAAAUCAAGGAUGGAAGAGCUUGACAUUUCUAACAUCAUGGUAUCAGAGCAGUUUGUGAAGAUGCUGGAUGGGGUCUGUGCCAUUCACCCCCAGCUGGAGGUCCUAUACAAAGGAGUGUACGGCUUAGCCACCCAAAAAAGCGUCUCGCUGUGGACCAACCCCUUGAAGCUGAUCCAGAGCUAUGCACAACAACAGAACAUGACAACUGCAGAGUUCCUAAAGAGCUUGAAUACAACAGGAGCAUCGGCAAUGUCUGUGAACGACCUCAGGAAAGUCAUCACAAAGGUGUCCGCAAUCAACCGGUACCAGGUCAGAGAGCUGAUAAAGAAGCUGGAUGAGAAGAAGGGUAUGGUAAACUUCAGUUCGCUUAGAUAGCAAGACCUGAGCAAGACACUGGGACCUACGUCUGAAGAACUCCUGCCCACACGACAAAGAGACAAUGUCCAUGCCUCCAAGGUGAGAGGAGGAGGACGUGGGGGAGGGGAGCGUUCCUUAAAAGCCUGGAAGUCACAACAGCCAGGCAGGUCUGAAGAGAAGCUCCAACAAGACAAGUCCCGACGAGUUGUGGUGAUGAUGGGGAGAUCAAACCGAAGGUCGGAUGGAUCAGUGACGGUGCGGCCAGAGUGA